UAUUCUAGGAGAAGAAUUUGGGGUAACAAAGCGCUCGGAACGUUAUAUGUGGAUUAUUGACCCUAUUGAUGGCACUCUUGCAUUUAGUCAUGGUGUACCCUUGUUUACAACCCUGCUGUCUUUAUUUGAUACACAGACAUAUGAACCUAUUUUUAGUGCUAUAUCCAUUCCAAUGCUUAAUAAGAUAGUAUAUGCUAUGAAGGGGUGUGGAGCAUGGGAUGCAGGGAAGCGCCUGACCAUUAGCAAACAAAGCAUAGCAAGGGGAAAUACUCCGCUUUUUCUUUCCUAUGAUUGGAAAAUAGUAAAGCAGAAGCACCCUAACGCAUAUUCUGAGCUUUCUGAAUACCCAGCACAUUUUAGAACAUGGGCAGAUGCAUACGCCUACUACUUAGUUGCAGCAAAUAAGGCUAGACUUGUGAUAGAUGCCAAUAUGCAUACAUGGGAUAUAGCUCCUGUCUUUCUCAUUCUCGUUGAAUCAGGUGGCUUCGUAAGUAAUUGGCAAGGGGAAGUGCUUAACUGGCAACAGAUUAUUGAAACGAAUACUGUAGAUGUUAUUGCCGCAGCAGAUAGAGAGAUACUUGACACUAUCCUUGCAAAAUUUUAG